GCAAUGCGGGCGAUAACAAUCAAGCGCCAAUGCGUAAUCCACCCGAUGCUUUUCACAAUUCAGCAGGAGCAUUGGCACAAAAUAAUCUAGUUGGUGUAAUAAUUCAAGCGAUUAAAAUGCAAUCAUUAGGGAUUUUCAAGCGUUUAACGAAUUUAAGACAAACCAUAAACGAAUGCGACGACACAACAGCAAUAGCAGGAGCAAUAGCAACUGAUGAUAUUAAAUAUACAGCAACACUUAAGACGGCAAUUGUUACUACUGGAGCAAAAACAAUACAAAACUACGUGCAUAAAAUACAAAAGCUUAUAGCAACAGCAAUGCGAACAGCUAUGGAGAAAAUGAUAAAAUCAACAGUUUUUAUUUUAAGACAACAGCAGGAACGAGAACAACAAUCAAGACAGCGGAGUAAAAAUCUUAUUAUAGAAAAUGAAUUUAAAACAUUUAAACACUUCAGUACACAGGAGACACAUGUCAGCCGCCAUGAAAAACAUGGCAUAAACUUUCGCAGAAUAUUGAGAAAGAGUCGUUUAUGUUAUUCGCCUGAUAAGAAGAUGGCAAUGACGACGUCAACAUUGCAGAGCAAUUCAAAUUUUAUGGCGAAUUUAUAUGUGAACAAUUUUCAAAAACAUAUAAAACAACAAGAAAUUUUACAUAAAUUUAAUACAAUCUAUGUAACACAUAUUUUUGAAACAACUGCUAAUAGUAACCACAACAAUAUGUUUUACAACAACUGUUGCAAUAAGCCUAAUAUUAAGCUUAUGGCAAAUAGAAUUUAUUGGUUCAUAAUUUUACUAUUUAUUACGUUUAUCUUAAGUUUAACUUUAAUCAUAAAUAUUCUUCUUCCUAAAUCUAUGGUAAAUCCCACGAAUUUUCUCACCAGCCUUUAUGGCAGAUUUCUUAGACAACAAAUGUUUAUGUUGUUAUUACAAAAAUAUCUACGAAAUAUUGUUAACAACAUACUGUGGCAUAUUGAUGUUAUAGUAAAAAUUUUCUUAAAAUAUCUAACAAUUGUAUACAGUAAAUUAAAUUUAAAUUCCACUAACAAAACAUCAACAACAACAACAACAUUAUCCUUAACAUCUUCAACAACAUUAGCAACUACUCUAACAAAAACAUCAUCAUCAUCCUUUGGCUCAUCAUUGUCUUUAUCUACAAGCACAGCAUCGGCAUCAGCUUCCUCAUCAGCAUUACCCUGUUCCACUUUAUUGUUUUGUAGAUGAAAUGUACCAGAUUAGAAAAAUUUUCAUUAUGUAUACCAAACCACAUAUUUACUAAAAAAAAACAAAUGAAAUAGAAAGAAAAGAAAAAAAAA